UCCUGCCUGCUGCUAAACUAUAUAAAUCACCUCUGUCGGAGUUUUGGGAACAAGGUGCAGCGACCUGCAGAGGAGGAGCGAAGAGAAGAAGCCCUGAGCUCUGAGAAACCACCUGUGGCUGCAGCUUGUACCUGGAACCUCCAAAGUCUUCUCAAAAUGGCCUUCAUCCUAAAACCGUGGACAGUCCUGGUGGCCGUCGUGCUGUGUGUGCUGGUGUGUCUGGGAACGCUGGCGGACGCCUACCCACCCAAACCCGAGAACCCCGGUGAAGACGCCCCACCAGAGGAGCUGGCCAAGUACUACACCGCCCUGAGACACUACAUCAACCUGAUCACCAGGCAGAGGUAUGGAAAGCGCUCAGCUCAGGAGGACGUGGUUGCAGAGCUGCUGUUCGGUGGCGACAGCAACAGAGACCUGAGGUCAAGAUACGACGACUCCUACAUGUGGUGAUGCCGCCGCCCUCCUCCAUCCUCAUCGGGCAUUCCCUCUGGCUGCAUCCCAGAAUGCACCUGGAGGGGCCGACAUGUGCCUCUCACCUCCGAGUCCCGAACCCCCCAAACACGUGAUCAUCACCGAGCGGAAACACGAGCUCCCCGCCGCCGCCGCCCCGUCGCCGUCUCACAUCUCUGUCAUGACAACACGAACUGUACAUAAUUUGUUAUUGAAAUAAAAACAAGCAUAUAUGAGGUCAGAGCUACUAAUCAGACGUCAGAACCGUGUCUGUGUGUGUGUGCGUGAGCUUUAAUAUCCUUCUACUGGCCGUCAGCCGUGUAGAGGAGGAAGCUGGUGUUUCGCUGUUGCUACUGUCAAAAGUAACAUCAGAAUACAUGAAUAAAACGUUUUCUGUGAGAUAAAAACAU